CACAGUACAUUCGGGAGACGUUCAUGAUUGGAGAUGACACACUGAACAUAUAGGCUGUCUCUGUCUGAGCCUCACUUUUGAAAUCCUUGUUUAUAAAAAACAGGUUGCGUCAGUCAGAUUACUAACUUUCCAUCACUAAGACUGUCUUCCUUUUUUUCUUCCUGUAUCAUUUUAAUCUACGCUGAUACAGUCGCGUAGGAAACUGCUGAGUGUGCUCGCUGGAUGCUUGGGUGAACAGGUGGCGCAGGCUCCAGUUCCCUUUAAGUUAUUAAGGGCGAGACGCACAGUGAACGGAGUUUACGCACUUCAACAGACGCAUAGAAUCUAAAUAGGCUACCUGCUUUAAGGUGGGUAAGAGUCGAGCUGCGCGUUUUUUCUCCCUUGUUACAGGGAUACAUUUAACAAGGGAGCGGCGAUGCCAGUAGCGGACAGCGACAUGGUAGUGGACACCAGUCACGGGUUAUAUGAGGGUAAAACCCCUAACAACCCGGGGAACGAGAACAUCCUCCCGGCGUCCCUGAGCAGUCCUGCGGCAGACAUCCUCAAGAACUUUUACCACACCAAAAGGGUCGGGAACUAUCUGAUUGGGAGGAAGCUGGGAGAAGGAUCGUUUGCCAAAGUUAGAGAGGGUCUCCAUGCGUUAACCGGGGAAAAGGUGGCAGUAAAGGUCAUUGACAAGCGGAAGGCCAAGAAAGACUCAUAUGUCACCAAGAACCUGCGGAGGGAGGGCCACAUCCAGCAGAUGAUCCGUCACCCCAACAUCACACAGCUGCUGGACAUUCUGGAGACGGAGAACAGCUACUACCUGGUGAUGGAACUGUGUCCUGGUGGGAACCUUAUGAACCGCAUCUACGACAAGAAGCGGCUGGAUGAGAGAGAGACUCAGAAAUACAUCCGGCAGUUGGUGCUGGCUGUCGAGCACCUGCACAGAGCAGGAGUGGUACACAGGGAUCUUAAGAUUGAAAAUCUCCUACUAGAUGAGCAGGACAACAUCAAACUAAUAGAUUUUGGCCUCAGUAACUGUGCCGGCAUCUUGGGUUACUCAGACCCCUUCAGCACCCAGUGUGGUAGUCCAGCCUAUGCUGCCCCUGAGCUGCUCUCCAGGAAGAAGUAUGGGCCAAAAGUAGAUGUAUGGUCCAUUGGCGUGAACAUGUACGCAAUGCUGACCGGAACUCUCCCAUUUACUGUGGAGCCCUUUAGCCUUCGAGCCCUUCACCAGAAGAUGGUGGACAAGGAAAUGAACCCACUGCCUCCUUCACUUUCCACAGCUGCCACCUGUCUGCUGAAGAAGCUCCUCGAACCAGAUCCCAACAAGCGUCCAAAUAUCCAUCAGGUGAUGGCUGAUUCCUGGCUGCAGCUGGCCAACAAGAACACAGGGGCACCAUAUCUCAACAGGAUCCACAUUGAAGAAAUAAACCACACAGUGUUACUGCAUAUGACAGAGAAAAUGGGCUACAAGCAUAGUGAAGUGCUGAGCGCCGUCCUCACGAACCGUGCCUGCCAUACUUUGGCUGUCUACUUCCUGCUUAACAAGAAAAUGAAGAGACUCUCUAAAGAGUACAGGGAGAUGCAGUUCCAGGAGAAGAAGAAAGGAGAAAAGCAGAAAAAUGAAUACUUCCAGACUCAGUGGAGGAAGCACGUUGAUAAACUUACCAUCCCUCCUAAGCAGACGCCCGUCUACCUGGCUGUUAGCAAGGGGCCCAGCAAGGAGAAGAAACACAGAACAGGCCUAUUGCGUGCCAUAACUGGUGGCCAUCGUAACUCACCAUUAGCACCACCCGGUACCGUUGCUUCCUCAUCCAUGGAAUAUCUAGAGAUCCACCCACUCUUCUCCAACACCCCACAGCAACGGAGGCGCUUAGCUACCCUCCCACAAGUCAACACGAGCCCAGAACACAACAUUCCUGCUCCACCUGCACCGUCACCAAUUGGCAUGCAUUCGUUCGGAUCGCUCUCCAAAGCUGAGCAGAUUGAAGAUGCACCUUCUUCUCCCUGGUACAAGUUGACCAAUGGGACUCUGUCCCCACCGCGCCACGUCUCCGCCUUCCAACCCGACUCCUCUUACUUGAAAAAGGCCACAAUCCCCAGUCCUCCUGUUCUCAUUGUCAACCCGCAGCCUAAGAAGAGUAGCUCAUCAGAUUACUGCGGUUCCUCUGACACCAGUGGAAGUCCGCCCAGCACCAUAGGAAGCCCCCCAGGAAGCUCAGCAUUCAGCCCUCCAAAGUCUGCCUUCAGUCCACUUAACCCCACUUCAGCAUUCAGCCCUCCUUCCAACAGUGGGAGCAGCGAUCCCGAGAGCCCAACACAUCGUAGCAAAUUUCCGUCUAUGGGAAUUGGACAGAUUCUAAAGAAAAAGGUCCAGCUGCAGCCAUUUACUUUCCGGCCAGAACAAGUCGUAGAAGAGGUUGUAUCCCCACCUCCCUACCCGAUGCAGACUCUCCUGUGUGCUUCAGGUGCACUAAAGACCCUCUGCUGAGGGAUGCAAGAAAAAAAAUAUUGAAGAAAGACAGACUGAUCUCAAGGCCCCUCUCAACACUUUAAGUUGGAGAGGUCUUUCAGAGCGGCCUUUUGAACUGUGAACUGUCCCUUUAUGCGACUGAGCCACUUUUCAUGACACUUGAUUAUAAAAUAAAAAAAGAAAAAAAAAGAAGGACAAAAGGGGUGAGAAUUUCACACAGUUUAUAUCUUGUUACCUCUACUGUUAAGUAAUAAGUGUUGGUGACAAAGAUGAGAUUCAAAAUGGAUCCCUUAGCAACGACUAAACCUCGCCGUGUCCUACAUACAGACCGGACUUAAUAUGGGCCAUGCCAACAAACAUGUGAACACAUAUACACACAAAAUACUGUAUUAUAGACCGUGUUUGAAGUACUUUAUUCUGUAAUUUUGCUGCAACUGCUUACAGAUUGAGCCGUAGACUGAUUCACACCAGCCAAUAGACCCUAACUCUUACCCUAACCUUGACUACAUGUGUAAAUGUUUUGUCUCUGUGAAAACUGUGUAUGAUAGCUACUGACCUCCAGCCAGCUGGCACUGUAUCCUAAAUGCUGGCUGGGUGAAAAAAGCUCACUGCACUAUUACUGAAAACCAAAUCCAAUAGUAACAAUGGUGUUGACCAUCUUUACCUCACUGCAUUAUUCAUACAUUAAAGCAUUACAGCAGGCAAGUGUGGCACGCUUCUGUAGAUUAUGUCACAGCAUCCCACUCUCAAUGUAGUGAUAUUAGAAUCAACACAAGGAAACUCUAGAAACCAACAAUAGAAUUAUAAACUCACCUUUUAUAAAACUCUCACCAAUAAUAACUCACACUUCUGACUUUUUAUAUUCAAGUGUUACAUCACCUCUAAGACCCACAGGGAAACUCAUUCAGUAAAAGUCUUAGAUUUUUUCACAGCAGACAUGACAGUUUACAGUCAGUUUUUAAAGAUGGAAAGAAAAAAAAAAGGA